CAACCUGGACUUCUUGUUUGGUGGAUGGUCGGGAGCUGAAACGAUAAGAGAGGAAAGGCGAGAGACGGGAGCGAGUCGCUAUGGAGGAGGUUGAAUCGGAACAGCAAGCCGUCGCCGCGCGCCCGGCGAGGGAAGAGGAGAGGCACGGGACCAUGAAUCCUUCGCCGACGAUGAUAGUGACUUUUCCGGAUGCCGCCCGCCGCAGAGCCCAGAGCUUCCCACCGCCUCUCACGCUGGAAGGCGAAGAGUCUACCGAGGACAUGAGCCAUCACAAUAUGUGGCAGGUGUAUGCCCUUGGAGGCUUCAUGAUUCUGAGGUGGAUUUGGGCUCGUUGGAGGGAGAGGAGGGAUAGAGGGAAAUCAAAUGAAGAUUUAUAGAAUUGUGAACGUAGGUUGGUGGAGGUUUCUUUCUGAAACACUUGUUGAGAGCUUAUUGAAUUAUAGUACCACGCAUUCGCCAGCAUACUGCUCGUGAAUCCAUAUAAACAGCAUCUGGCACUUGCCUCUAGUAUUUUACAGCAUAAAGCUGCUAUACUAGCUUAAAGAUGCCAAUGUUCAUACUUGAACCACUGCUAGUUAGUUGUACUAAUCACUUUGUUUCGGGUUGACGCUCUGCAGUCUGAGAAAAAGAUUGGCAAGCAUCCUUUGGUAACAUUUUGAAAUCAUUAUGUUUCAUGUGUCUUA